ACUGGAUGGAGUGGCAGGUGGUCGGUUUGGGGACGUUUCGGUUGUAGGGGUGCGGAGGGAGGGCAUGGAGCCAGCUUGGCGGCAAGCUGGUCGUGGCCGGGGGCGAGGACGUGGCAGAGGUAAAACAAGCGUAACUCAGGUACCUGGGUCCGAAGGACAAGCCCAGGCCGGUAGAGGAGAUGCCAGGCCCGCUAAUGGAAGGGGCUCCGGUCUCAGCUCAGCCGCCAUCACCCGGUUAAGGAGUCAGUCUGAUGAAAAUAAUGUAGAAUUAUUGUCACGGAAAAAAUUUGAAGAAAUCUGUAAGGCCAAUCAAGCUGCAGUUCAGAGGUUUGCUGAUGAAGACACUUCCUCAGAAGAUGAUGAAGAAGGCGGCGGAGAAGAUUUUGAGAGCCAGCGAGGGAAAAUUGUUGCAUCAACAUUUACUACAUAUUCGGAUCACAUAGGUGGGGACUUUUCCAGAGAAUUGGAACGUACAAAACAAUAUUUGAAUGAUGCAUUUCAGUCGGGGGCUCAAACGUGUCUCAUCUGCAUUGCCUCUGUAAAAAGGAACCAUGCUGUUUGGAAUUGCUUUCGUUGUUAUUGUAUCUUUCACAUGCCGUGUAUUCAAAAAUGGGCAAAAGAUAGCAUUUUCCUUGUAUCCUCAGUAUUGGAUGAUGAUUUUGGAAGGAAAGAUCACCCAUGGCCAUGUCCUAAAUGUAGACAUCAAUAUGAACAAUCUCAAACUCCGACAAGAUACCACUGCUACUGUGGAAAAGUUGAAGAUCCGCCACAAGAUCCUUGGCUUGUUCCUCAUUCCUGUGGCCAAGUUUGUGACAAAGACUUUCAGCCUUUAUGUGGACACAAAUGUCUUCUUUUAUGUCAUCCAGGUCCCUGCCCACCUUGUCCAAAGAUGGUCUCCGUAACGUGCUACUGUAAAAAGGCUAAACCAGUAUCCAGGCGAUGCAGUGCUAAGGGGUGGUCCUGUCAGCAACCAUGUGGUCGACUGUUAUCUUGCGGGCAGCAUAAAUGUGAAAAUCUAUGUCAUGCAGGCGAUUGUCCAGAGUGUCCUCGUGUCAGCUGGCAAAGAUGUUUGUGUGGCAAGAAAACGGCUGAGAGGCUGUGUGCUAGUCCACAGUGGCAAUGUGAAGAGGUAUGUAGAAAAACUCUACCUUGCGGACAUCAUACAUGUGAACAGGUCUGUCACAAAGGGGCUUGUGGAAAUUGCCCACGAUCAGGAUACAGGGUGUGUCCAUGUGGAAAGUCAAAAUCUGCACUGCCUUGCACAGAGGAUAUACCGACCUGUGGUGAUACUUGUGACAAACAAUUAGAGUGUGGUCUUCAUAGAUGUUCAAUGCGGUGUCAUCGAGGCCCCUGUGAGACCUGUAGACAGGAAGUCGAAAAGCAGUGUCGUUGUGGAAAGCAUGCAAAGAUUUUGCCGUGUCAUAAGGAAUAUCUGUGUGAAACAAAAUGCCUGAAAUUGCGAGAUUGCCAAAGGCAUCAAUGUAAAAGAAAGUGCUGUACUGGGAAUUGCCCUCCUUGUGAUCAAAGUUGUGGUCGAACUCUUGGCUGUAGAAACCACAAGUGCCCCUCAGCCUGUCACAGAGGUGCUUGCUACCCGUGUCCUGAGACUAUAGAAGUUAAAUGUAAUUGCAGUGCAACUGUUCUAAUUGUACCCUGUGGCAGAGAACGCACAACCAAGCCUCCAAGGUGCAAAGAACUAUGCAGGAAGCCACCCACAUGUCAUCAUCUGAGUAGAGAGAAACACCGAUGUCACUUUGGUAGUUGCCCUCCGUGUAGACAGCUCUGCCAGAAAACACGUACCACCUGUGCUCACCUUUGCAUAGAUCCAUGUCAUGAUGAAGUGCUGGUUAAGCAAGAAAACUCUUGCCAACCCUCGGGUCCUUGGGAACGGCGUUCUGAGCCGGCCUUCAUUCGAACAGCAGUCCCUUGCCCAGCUUGUAUUGUCCCUAUUUCCACGGCCUGUCUUGGAAAACAUGAGAUAACCCCUUUACCUUGUCAUGCGGCAGAACCAUAUUCCUGUAAAAGGCCAUGUGGGCGACGCCUGGCCUGUGGGAAUCACACGUGUGCGUUAGAAUGUCAUGCAGUCACCAUCCUGGAUGGAAAUGAUAAUAAGGCUACUAAAGAUUGUCAAGUGUGUGAAGAAGCAUGUAGCUAUCCUCGGCCACCUGGCUGCAUUCACCCAUGCACUCUGCCAUGUCACGAAGGAGUCUGUGCUCCAUGUUCACAGAUGAUCAGAACCAAAUGUCAUUGCAAGAUGGCAACCCUCUACGUAGAAUGCAUAAAAAUGACUACAGCUGAUGCUAAAACUAAAAUUAACCUCAAUUCCUGCAAAAAUCAAUGUCCUAAGCAGUUACCUUGUGGACAUCGAUGCAAAGCAAUCUGCCACCCUGGUAACUGUCUAGAGAGCUGCAGCCAGAAAGUGAAGAUGAAAUGCCCCUGUAGGCGGAUUAAAAAGGAAAUGCUGUGUUCAGUGGUGACUAAGGAGCAGGUCCUGGUGGAAUGUGAUGAAGUCUGUCAGGAAAUGAAACAAAAGGCAUCUGAGAUGAAAGAAGCUGAAGAGAAAGCAGCUCUUGAAAAGGAAAAAUUAAAACAGCAGGUGGAACUAGAAGCCUUUGAGAAAAGGCAGAAAGGUCGCCGUAAGAAGAACAAGAGGCGGGAUGCAGAAGAGACCAAAGAGACCGCUUGGCAGAAAUACAAGAAAUACCUGAUGAUCCCUAUCUGUGGAGUUAUUCUAGCAAUGGUUACUUUUUAUCUACUGCAACUCAAUUGAUAAGAUUAGAAGACUUUGUAUGACCAAAAUUAAUUGGGAGAGAAAAAUAUAUAUUAAAGUACCUUUUUCAAAAAUAAUUGCAGUAGGUAGAGUCCCACACAAGGAUAUAUUUUGAGUUUUCCUCAAACCUGAAAAGCUUUAAAAAUGCCAUCACUAAUGUUAAAAGUGAUUGAUACACAUGACAAAUAGGUAUUCAAUUUGUACAUGUAUGAAAGAUUAGACAACACUUUUGUGUAUUUAGGCAUGCAUAAUGAAAUUCCAUUGAGGUCUAUGAAUUGUAUUCCUAUACACUGGAAGCAAAAUCUGUUGUGAGAAAUCAGCUUGUAUAGAUUACACUACAGCUGUUUAGUUUAUUUCUUCCUUUGUUAUCUGGGUUUAGAAAGGCUUGUUUAAAGUGUUCAAGUUGUGUUUUUUUUUGAUCCAUUCCAACAUUUUUAAUUCUCACCCUUUCUGUCCUGUUAUCUUUUCAGUGCAAGUAACAAUCAAAAAUGCUUGGAGAUAAAAUAGUUGACCCCAGCUAGCCAGAAUGUUUUGAACUGUUGAUCACCUUUCCAUGGAGUAAUCCUUUGCUGUUUGAGAUCAAAAGGAUCAGUUGGGAUUUUUUGCGUUGUUUACACACUGCUUUACAUGAUCAAAGUAAAGCCACAAAUUAAAGUAGCUGGCUCUGAGACAGGAAAAUGUGGAAUUAUUAUGACUUCAAAUCAAUUGACAUGUAACUGCCUACGUUGGCCCAUUACCUAGCUUAUCACGAAUGGGUCAUUUUGUUCCACCAUCCAAAAGUAAGUUUGGUCUUUGAGAUCAGUGCUAAACCUUGUGUUUUCACACUUCAGUUAUAUAGUUGUAUUACUUUUCAAUCCAUUAUUUAAAUAUACCAGUAACUUAAAAUUAAUUCAAAACUGCUUGCAUGUUAUGUUCUGCAAACUCAUUUCUGUAGGAAAUUAUUGCUAAACUUAAAACAGAGCAUUGAAUUCAAAGAGUUUGAAUUACGUCAUGUUAUGUGUCCUGAAUUAGAACUUAUCUGUGUAUUUAGCUGAAUUUUUAAUUGUGAUUUAAUUGUUUUUGAUUUAUGGUCGUAUACCUUUACUCUAGUGAAUAAAUUUUGUUCUGCA